AGUAACUGGAGUGAUUUCAGUGAUGUGAACGAGAAUUUCGGCAGUGAAGUUGAAGCAAAAAAGAGGAAAAGAAAGAAGCAACCUCACGGUGAUUCGGGAGAUCCAGCCAACAAGGAAAAGCCAGCUUCUCAGGGGCAAUUGCCUGAAAGUGAUGGCACAUUGAAUAUUGGCAUUGAAAAAAUCAUGCAAGAAGAUGUCAAAUUUUUAGAGGCAAUGUUGGAAACUCAAGAGGCAGCUCCCCAAUCAUCUGAGGGCUUGAAAAAGAUGUUGCAAGCACAUCAAAAGAUGAAAGAAAUGGCACUCAGAGCCAUCGAAAAAAUUGCGUACCUACAAGGUAUGUUGGAUGAGACGAGGGCUCAUCCUCCGCAAUGUAAAGCAUUUGCAGAUGUUGUAAGGCAAGAUAGCUUAAACAACAAAGCAGAAACAGAAGAGAAUGUCAAGAAAGAGCCACGGCCGGCACUCUUAAUAACAUGUGAAGCCGAUGAGGGUACUAGUUACCCUGUAAUAAAACAAACAUUGGAAAAACACUUCAAACCAGAAACACUUGGCCUCAAUGAUGUCAACACAAAACCCAUAAGGGGGGGUAUUGCAGUCACCUCCAAUUCGAAGGAAGGGCUUGAAAAACUGCAAGAGAAUAUCAAAACGAACAAAGACUUCAGGCACCUAAAACUGAAGAUCUCGGAAGGAAAAGAACCCGAGCUAAAAAUUGUUGGGAUUGAGCCCUCUGUCUCUGACCACGAAGUUCCAGAAAGAUUGGUAAAUCAGAACAAUCUCAGCGGAGAUGCUGAACAGAUCAAAGUAAUUUGGUCUACACAAAAGAAAGGCAUGAAAGUCGCCACUAUACGUAUUUCAAACAGAGCCAUGGCAAAAGAACUUCUGCUGAAAGAGAAAGUCCUUCUGGGGUGGAGCCGUUGCUCCAUAUACCCAAAUAUCUUUGUACAGAGAUGCUCAUGGUGUGCAAAAUUUGGUCACACACAAAAUCAGUGUACGGCCAAAUCGCCAAGAUGCACAGAGUGUGGAGAAGCACACCAACAUAGUAAAUGCAUAGCGCAAGUGAAAGAGUGCCCAGCAUGCAAAAUGGCAAGUGAGGAAAUGAAAGAUCAUUCCAUGUGGAGUUUUGAAUGCCCACAAUAUAAAAGGAGGUAUAGCCAGAUUAAAUGGGAAAUGGGUUUGGGCAACUAACAAGCCCAAUUCCACGCAUUCUGUUUAUUUACUUAUUUCUUUAUUUGUAUCUUUUCGUCUUUGUAUCGGUGUUUAAUUCUCCAUCCAAGCAUGGCAAGCUACCUGCAUUUAAUUCAAGUUAACCUCGGUAAAUCCUUCAAAGCAACACAAACAUUGACGAACAACCUCCUAGAAUUAAAACAAGACAUUACACUAGUGCAAGAACCAUACGCACUGAAAAAUAAGGUAAUUGGUUUCUCCCUAAAAGAUAAAAUAAUUGCUUAUGACGAAAAUCCAAAAACUGCUAUAAUAAUUCAUAAUAAGGACAUUGAAAUAUUCCCUGUAAUGGUGGCUCAAAAACUUAUUAUUGUGAAAAUAAAGUGGGAUACCAAACAGGUAACCAUAAUAAAUUGCUACAUACCUCCGAAAGAAACAAUUGAAACAAUAAUAAGGCAAAUAGAAGUUUACAUUGUCUCAAACGUUACAGAACACAUAAUAUUGGCGGGUGACUUUAACUCUAAAAAUAAAAUUUGGGGAGGGGACAUAACUGAUGAUAGAGGUAGUGGAGUACUGGAAUUUGUAACUAGGAAUAAUUUAAACAUACUUAAUAAUAACAGCAUUCCCACCUUUGAAACAAGUAACGGCAGAAGUUGGAUUGAUUUGACAAUAGUAUCCCGUUCAAUCUUCUUAAACAUAGAUCAAUGGGAGGUAUUAGAAACCCCAAGCAAUUCAGAUCACAGAUAUAUACAAAUAAAAGCAUUCAGCAAACCAGCAAAUAGGGAGAAAAGACUAACCAAAAUGGGAGAGUAUAAGUUAAUGCAGGAAAUAAAGGAAGAUAACUGGUUUGAAACCAUUAUACAAGAGGAGAUAAAGGAGACAGAACAAUUAGACUAUAUCAUAAACAAGUUUUACAGUCGAAUAGAUAAACUCAAAGAAAAGCAUUCUAAAGUAGUAAAACCCAGUAAUGCUGACAAAAUUUCUAAACCAUGGUGGACAGCAGAAUUAGAAAUUGAACGAAAGAAAGUAAGGGCACACAGACGCAGAUUUCAAAAAGCAAGAGAUCAGCAACGAGAAGUUUACAAGAAACAGUAUUACGAGGCAUUUGCAGUAUACCAAAAGAAUAUUAAUGAAAGUAAAGAUAAAUCUUGGAAACAAUACUGUGCAGAGAUUCGAAAUAAGAACCCUUUCAACUUAGCAUAUAAAAUAGCGGGGAAAAAACUUAAGAAACCCGUAAGUCUAGUUCCUGUUAAAAAAGCUAAUGGAGAGUUAACCGCGUCAUUAGAAGAAACGGUUGAAGAAAUAAUUAAAUCAUUAUACCAUAUACAUGAAAGGCAAAACUUAAUGCAGGACGAAAAUGAUAAUGGAGUAAUAGAUGAAAUAACAAAUGAGCUAUCAGCCACUAAGGAUGUGACAGGAAGUAAGGAUGAUAUAGCAUUUAGUGAAAAUGAAAUAGACAAUAUCAUUAAACACCUCAAAAAAAGAACAGCACCAGGACCCGAUAAGAUUACAACAACUUUUUUGCAAGCAAUAUAUGACAUGCAUAAAAACUUUUUCCAUCAUAUCCUCAACUCAGCACUAAAUUUGAAAUAUUUCCCAAUGGCGUGGAGGAAGGCUAGAGUCAUUUUAAUACCUAAGCAAAGUAAUAAUAAAGAAGAUGCUGCAAGUUCUUUCAGACCAAUUGCAAUAAACUCAAUUUUUGGUAAAAUAUAUGAAAAAUUACUAUAUCACCGAAUUUAUCAUUAUCUUCAUAUAAACAAAUUAAUACCCAAAAAUCAAUAUGGCUUUACACAUGGGACCUCGGCCGUAAACGCCUUGGAUAAAAUCAAACGAACAUUACAGAAAGCUAAGUUGGAUAAAUUAAAAGCAAUUAUUAUUUCACUAGAUAUUAAGAAUGCCUUUGGAAGUAUAAAGACAACAACAAUCAUUAAAGAGUUGAAAAACCUAAAAAUACCACUUAACCUUGUGGAAAUAAUUACUCAUUUACUUCAUAGGAGAAGUAUAACUUAUGAACUACCGUCAAAGAGCAUGAGUUUUGCUUUAGCAAAUGGAACACCUCAAGGCUCACCGUUAAGCCCCAUCUUUUGGAACCUAGUGAUCACUAAAAUUUUGAAUACUUCAAUGCCACCUGGUGUACAAAUUCAAGCUUAUGCUGACGACAUAACAGUAACAGUAAUAGGAAAAAGCAGAAUAGAGAUUGAAACUCGAGGUAACCAAGCACUAGCAUCGAUACAUUCAUGGAGCAUAAAUAAUGAUUUGAAAUUCUCUCCCGGAAAAUGUGAAUAUUUAAUUAUCGGUAAAGAAUACCAAAACAGACCACCUACAUUAAAAUUAGGCCCCAAUCCUAUUAGAAAAACCAUGGACAUUAAAAUACUAGGUGUAACAUUCGACCAUAAUCUUACUUUUCAAACGCAUUUACAAAAUAUAAAAGAAAAGGUACAAUUAAUAACUUUAGAGUUAUCAAAAUUCUCUGCCAACAAUUGGGGUAUGUCUGCCAAACAACUAAGAGAUAUAUAUAUCAGAGGAAUAGAAAGAACCAUAGUGUACGGGUCACCGAUUUGGUAUAUAAACAACAGUCACCUUCAAAGAAAACUUAGAAGUAUACAAAGGCUGCCAUUAAUCAAAAUAUGCAAAGGAUAUAGGACAAUACCAAACAUAGCACUGAAUGUUAUCACAAAAAUACCUCCAUUACAUCUAACAAUAGAAAAAGAAAAUGAGAUAUUUAGGAUUAAAAAUCACCAGAAGAUCUUCACCUGGAAUGAUCAACAAUUUGAUGCCAAUACAAUGGCUCCAAUCUCAGAUAUAUGGGCUAUCCACCCAGGUCAAAGAAAAUCAUUUAAAUAUAGUACAAAAGAAGCAAACGCAGAUUAUAAUAUCUACACUGAUGGCUCCGAGUGUAAAGGCAGAUGUGGGGCGAGCUAUGUAAUCAUGGAUAAGAAUGGUCAAAUAGUCGAUUCAAAAAUAUAUAAAUUACCAACAUAUUCAAGUAACUUUGAGGCCGAGGUAACAGGCAUAACAAAAGCCAUUGAAAAAAUCUCAACUAUGGAUAAUACUAAAAUUUACCAGAUACUAACAGACAGCUUAUCCGUCCUCAAGGGUCUCCAGAACCCACAUAAUAAAAAUUUUUUUAUAUCCAAAAUAAAGGAGAAGCUAAGCAUACUAAGAGAAUUUAAAAUAUCAUUUACCUACGUUCCGGCACAUAAAGGAAUAUUUGGCAAUGAAACGGCUGACGAACUCGCUAAGAAAGCAGCAUCAACUGGUGAAUAUGUAGAACUACCAAUUACGUUAAAAUUCAUUAAAAAGAAACUAAAAGAAAAAUAUUUAGACAUCUGGAACUCAGACUGGAAUAAAAUGGGCAAAAAUACGUAUACUUAUGAAUGGGUCAAAAGUGUGAAAAAAAUUCCAAUUCAUUUUCCUUUAGGACAUUGGGGAACACAGGCUGUUUCAGCACAUGGAAGAUUCCCCUAUUAUUUAAAUAGAUUCUUAAUAACAAAUGAUCUACAAUGCAAAUGUGGCGAGACAACGAGCUCAUUUGAUCAUUAUCUCACAUGUUGUCCAAUUGUGAAAGCAGAAAGGGGAAAACUGCAAAAGAAAUACAAACAAGACAUAAGCAAACAUAAACAAGAAAUCGCAAACGAUAAACAAGACAUGGAAAUAAUUGAGGAAAUUGUCAGAAAAAUAAAUCAAAUUAUACUACUCUAACUUACUCAUCAUUUGAAAACCCAAAUUUACAACGAAAUGAAAUGACCUGCUUGUUUAGAGGGGCAGAAAUGGAAGCGUGGGCAAGAUUCUAAAUUGAGAAAGUAAAACAAAGGAAUGAAUACUUGACAUUCCCAUGCCCGAUGGAGUGAAUACAGCUUGAUGUAUACUCUUAUACCGUCUGAGUCAGCAACUUUGUCACAUUACAAAUAAUUCUAUCAGCACUCAUGCAACAAACACAACCCCCCCGGACUUACCGGGGGAGGUUUUAUCCUCAAUGCAUGAAUGAGAAACCUUGUUUGGUGGAAACACCACGAAAUGAACAUCCUCUCAACAUCCCAUUUGAGGUAACGGCUUAGUGGCAAUGUCACAGAAAAGACCGUAAAAACCUCAUGGGAGACCAAGAACCCCCUGGACAUACCUGGGGAGUCCAAAUGGUCCAAAACACAUCACUCUGCCUGGGAGUGCUACUCGGUGGCAACACUGAGAAGGCACCAAACUCAAGGAACUGGCCCAAUGGAUGCCCCACGGACCCAGGUGGGCAAAAGCGCCCCAAACCUCUACCAAACAUUAGAGGAUAAAAGGGAGUGCACAAUCGCAAAGCAACCCAGCAGAGAAACGAGAGGAAAAAAAAAUAAAGAAUCACCCACAGUGAUGAUUCCCGUUUUCCCUACGACGCUUCACGGCUAAUAAGCACAGCGAAAAUGGGACAUAUUACACCCCGACGGUUUGGGUGACAUUUAGGAAACAAAGUAUGCUAAACAACCUGACGGUACAAAAAAUAAUAAUAAUACACCUGCUGUAACAUCACCCAUUGUGGUCACUUAUUAGUAGAAGUGCAUCGUAAAGAUAUAAAUAGACCUAAGAACAAGAGAGGAAAUGUACGUCAUGAGUGAGGAAUGAACCACGCAUCCACGACGCCCCUCACGCGAGCAUGUCCAAAAAAAAAUCACUUAAACAUCCACGCAAAAAGACUCUCAAACCAAAUUGUUUGUGUUUGCUGUUAUGCAGUAGUAGGCAAACCAUUGAACAUGAAACCCAGACUGUCACAAAAAAAACAAAAAAAAGAAAAGAGAAAAAGAAAAGAGAAAAAAAAACAAAAAAAAACAAAAAAAAACAAAAAAAGAACAAAAGGAAAAAAAACAAAAAGAAAAAAAAACAAAAAAAAACAGAAAACAAGAAAACAAAAAAAUGCAAAAUGAAAAAAGAAAAAAAAUGAAGAAAAGAAAAAAAAGAGAAUAAAAAAAACAAAAGAAAAAAGGAGACAAAAACCAAGAAAAAGGGAAAAAAGAAAAGGAAAAAAAACACGAUAACUAAAAAAAAAUACCUGUCAUUGAAGUCACAUGUGCUGCCCUGUUCAACCUUCGGUAUUUGUCUUGUAGGCAAUACUUCAUCUUAUUUGAUGGUGAUCAAAUGAGCUCGCAGUCACUAAAUUUACUAGUAAAUUAGAUACGUACAGUUCCUGAUGUCACAACAUCUAUACAAAAAUGGAAACAUUAGAAAAGCGAAAUUAUAUCAAUUACAACAAACACUGCAACUAAAGACAAACAAAUUUUAUCCCCUGAAUGAAUUCAAAGAAAUCAUAUCAAUAUGGAGGAAAGCAUUAAGUAAGUAAAGGCACAGCCGGAAUUAUAACUAAUGUCUAUGUUAAUGUCCAUAACUAAUGUCUAUAACUAAUGUCUAAUUAUAACUACCGUCUUAACAAACAAACAAAAUACACAUAAAACAAAAUAAAAAGCUGCCCCACAUCUGUAAGACUACUUAAUAGUUUUAACAACUUUAGGCCCUAAAUCUUAAAUGGAGAGAACAAUACUAGCUAUUUAACUGGGGCGGGAAGGGGUUCUAAUUGUUUUUAAAGCUCUUUAUUUCAGUGCAAAAACAGAAAUACAUGAUACAACAGUUCCUCAAGAAGGGUUCAAGAAAUCACCACACAAGAUGAAGAUUCAGACAGGAUAAAGACAUGCUACAACAGCACCUCCAGAAGGACUCAAGAUGUCAUCCAGACAAGAUCAAGACAAGAUCAAGACCCAUUAACAAGAAGCACAGAGGGAGUGCGGAAGUCGGAGUAAACAAAAUUCUGUUAGUCAGCAAGUAACGACUGUACAACAAAUGUAAAACAAAGGAAUAAUAAAUCCCGCUGAUCAGGCCCGUUCC